GGGAACAGCCUCGUGCUCCCGCAGACAUUUUCAGAGGCAUGGCUUCCAAAUGGGUUGUGGUAAUCGUAGUCUUGUGCACAACUCUUGAGGUCGUUGUUUCUCAAAGGCCGCCGCACUGGAGUCACCAGUACAAGCAUCCACGACGGAGUCUUCUUUCAACGACUGAGGAAGAAGAUGAAGACAUGGCUCCAGAUGAAGACAUGGCUCCAGAUUAUCAACCCAAGGAAGAAGAGAAUUGCAACUUGACAGCUCUGGAGCAACUUGCGCAGUCCACGUACUGCAGGCCUCGCAUGGACUUCGAGAUCCUCUCACGUCCUAACGACCAUUCUAUCCUCUAUCCGGAAGCGGUCCGAGUGGAACGUUGCUCCGGAGGAUGUUUCGGGGCAGUCACUUGCUCUGCCGUUACCAUGGAAAACGUCACCGUUCCCGUUAUUCGGUUUAAUAUGGCGGAAGGUGGCACGCUCCAAUGUACCGAGGUGACGGUCGUACGGCACAAGACAUGUCACUGUGGCUGCACCAAGAAAGAAUCAGACUGCGGAGAAUAUCAGCACUACAACCGGGACACCUGUUCCUGCGAGUGUACCAACGACGCUGAGAAAGAACGCUGCCGACCACUUUCACCACCCAUGCGGUGGAACUCGUAUUGGUGCUUUUGUCAGUGCCCAGAAUGGCACAGUUGCGGCAGUCCACAGGACUACUUCGACCAAGACUUAUGCAGUUGUCAACCGUUCAUGACCAACCUGCCGGACGCGAAGAUGAUCCUGAAUGUCAUGAAGCCGCUCGAGUGGACCAAGUUACCACCGCCGCUUUGAGGCUUUUCAAAAAUGAAACACAAUAAAUUUUGUCAUGGCACUAAUA